AUUUGGAAGCAGAUUAUGAUGAUGAAAAUAUAUUUUCAGAAAGUCAUAUUUAUAAUAAAAAUUUGCCCAAUCAGACCAUAAAGCAAUUAAAUAAAACUUUUGACUUGAAGAACUCUACUUUCAAGGGUCUACAGAGGUGUCAAGAAGGAGAUGUUGGACAGAAGACUGCAAACAAGGCAGAAAUGCCUCCUUAUACCAGCCAGACUCUUGCUCACAAUCCAGAAAAGGCAUAUGAGUGUAAAGAGUGUGGGAAGUGCUUCGGUUGUAGGUCAACUCUCACUCAGCAUCAGAGUGUUCACACUGGAGAGAAGCCCUAUGAGUGUAAGGAGUGUGGGAAGGCCUUCAGACUCCCCCAACAGCUCACAAGACAUCAGAAGUCUCACAGCAGUGAGAAACCUUUCAAAUGUAAGGAAUGUAGAAAAACUUUUCAUCUUCCUGUACUGCUCAAGUACCAUAAAACUGUUCAUACAGAUACAAAACCAUUUGAAUGCAGAGAAUGUGGGAAGUCCUUCAAGCGUGCCUCCCACCUUGUUGAACAUAGGGUUAUUCAUGCUGAUGUGACACCAUAUGAAUGUAGUGAGUGUGGGAAAGCCUUUAAACGCCGUUCAUACCUUAUGCAACAUCAGAAAAUCCAUUCUGGUGAGAGACCUUUUCAGUGUGAGGACUGUGGGAAAACCUUCAUUGUUCUGGCACAGCUCACUAGGCACCAGAGGAUUCACACUGGGGAGAAGCUGUUUGAAUGUAAGGCAUGUGGCAAGAAAUUCAGAACUGGCACACACCUUGUUCAGCACCAGAGUAUUCAUACUGGUGAGAAACCCUUUGAGUGUAAUGUAUGUGGGAAAGCUUUUAGGCUUCAGGUAUACCUUUCUGAACAUCAGAAAACUCAUAUUGAAGAGAAACCUUUCAAGUGUAAGCUGUGUGGGUCAGCCUUCAGACAUAAGUACCAACUUAGUGAACACUCGAGAGCUCACUGUGCUAUAAAGCCCUAUCAAUGCAAGGAAUGUGGGGAAUUCUUUCGUCGCAGGUCCAAUUUUACUGAACAUCAGAGUAUUCAUACUGGAAAGAAACCCUUUGAGUGUAAAGAAUGUGGGAAGUUCUUUAGACUCAACACACUUCUCAUUCGUCAUCAGAAAUCUCACAGUGGUGAGAGACCUUUUGAAUGUAAAGAAUGUGGAAAGGCUUUCCAUCUUCCCAGCCAGCUUAAUAACCAUAAAAUUGUUCAUACAAGUAAAAGACCCUUUGAAUGCAAGGUCUGUGGGAAGUCCUUCAAGCGUGAAUUCACUCUUGUUCAACAUGGGAUUAUUCAUGGUGGCGUGAGACCAUAUGAAUGCAGUGAGUGUGGCAAAGCUUUUAUUCAGCGCUCAAACCUAUUGCAGCAUCACAAAAUUCAUUCUGGUGAGAAACCCUUUCAGUGUCAGGACUGUGGAAAGGCCUUCAUUGUUCUGGCAAGCCUCGUUCGGCAUCAGAGCAUCCAUACUGGAGAGAAAUCAUUUAAAUGUGAGCAGUGUGGGUCAGCCUUCAGACUUAAGUCCCAACUCAAUAAACAUCAGAGAAUUCAUACUGAUAUGAAACUCUUUCACUGUGUAGAAUGUGGAAAGGACUUUGUUCGUGGAACAACCCUUAGAAUUCAUCAGAGAAUCCAUACUGGUGAGAAGGCCUUUCAGUGUAAAGAAUGUGGGGAAGCUUUUCAAUAUCAUUACCAAUUUCUUGGGCAUUUUAGAAUUCAUACUGGCAAGAACCCUUAUGAAUGUAAAGAUUGUGGGAAGUACUUUCCUCGUGGUAGAGACCUUAAAAUACAUCAAAGAACUCAUACCAGUGAAAUACCUUAACAAUGUUAAAAAUAUUGGAAGACCUUUAGUUGAACAUGAAACUUGGUUUGGCAUACUAAAUUUAAUCUAAGGAGCCUUACAAUGUAAGGAAUGUGGAAAGGCCUUCAGUAAUUCUAAGCUAGUUGUAUAUCAGACAAUUUCUACUGGUGAGAGAGUCUAUGAAUAUAAGAAAGGCAGGAAAAUGUUUAGGUUUAGUUCACCCUAAUUCAUACUGGUUGAAACCCUUAUAAAUAAAAAUUGUGGAAAGAACUUCAGUUGGAGCUCAGGCCUUCAACAUAAUAAAUUCCAUGCUGGUAUCACAGAGAGUCUAUGAAUGCAAGGAAUGUGGGAACAUUUAUAGAAUUAUCUCCGCUCUUAAAUCUCAUUAGAGAGUCCAUCUAGGUCUGAACCCCUGUGGAUUGGAAGACUCAGGAAAAGCCUUGUAAAUGAUGAGCAUCCAUAGUUCCCGGGCGUCCUAUACAUGUAAGGAAGGUGGACAGCCAUUGUGUGGACAUUUUACUGAAUAUGAAGAAAACUCAUAUUGGGAAGAAAGUGACUUGAAAAGAAUGUGGGACCUUUAAUCUGCCCUAGGACUUGGUCAACAGCUGAGUAUUCAUAUCCUGUUAAUGCCAAGAGACCUUUUGUAAUGAGAAAGUGGGAUGUUGGUUUUUCAGAGAAGAUACUCUCUUGAGAAUGUAUUUUAAUGUCAGAAAUACAGGGUAGUGAUUAUGUUCUUGACUUACUCUUUUCUUAUUAGUUGUAUAAACUUAAUUCAAUAGUCACCCAGGACAGUCAACUUAGGGAGAGGAGUUAUUGGAACUAGGUUUAUCUGAGGUGUCUUUGUUGUCACCAUUAACAUUCCAUAGCUCUUGAUAUUAGACAGAAUGUUUAUUUUGUUUUUGCAUAAUUUGUUAUUGGGGAGCACAGGAACAACUAAAGUUGUGGCAACAGAGUUAUAAGAGAUAAGAUUCUUGAGAGUAUUUGGUCAAUGCCUGUGUUCUAUAAAAUAGCUUCUAUUGCUUUUAUUGUUCUUGCUUUUAUUGGCAUUAAUAUAACUUAGCUUUUAUUUGCAUUAAAAUAACUUAUAUGAAAGGCUAAUAGUACUAUAGACAGUUUAAGAAAUCCUCAUCCAUUAUUAAAUUUAAAAUUACUUCCUCCUGGAGAUAUCUGAUGGAUGAAAAGGAACAUGAAAGGAUUUGAAUUGUGAGUCCAUUCUUUACAUAUAUUUGUUGAGGAUUUAAAAAACACAGUUAUUUGUGAAUAAGUACUUUCUAAAGGGGUGAAAUCCAUAAAAGAAUUCAAAAGGUAAGACUAAUGUAUGCUCUUGGCCCACAGAUAAAGAUAAACUGUAUAUUUGUGAUAGGGCCAGUAAAUCCAUAGGAUGUGCCAUCUCUUAUUCUUGCUUAGGCCAUUUCAGUCUUGAUUAGAAUUUGAUUGGCCUGAUGGAGAAUCUUGUGGAAAAUUACCCAACUCUGUUCUAGGAACUGGAGGUCAAAUUGCCUUUGCUAAUUUAUCUUGCUUCUGUUACAUACCCUUUGUGUUUAAACUCCCCUGUCCAGCUAACUGUUUAUCUUGGCUUCUGUUAAACUUCCUUCCGGUGU